UUUUUCAAAUGUUGUGAAUUUUGAAGAUUAGUUUAGUACCGUAGUUUUUUUUACAUAUUUUACUUAGUUCAACGACAUCCUAAAAUUUACCAAACGUCUUGAAUACCAUUGUCGAUACUUGUUAAAACCAAAGAAAAAAUACCGGCAGGAUUUACCGUGGCUCGUGAAAAUUUAACCUUACUAAUAUUAAUCAACAUGCUAAAUAUGCGACAGUACCGGAUAAUACUAAUAUAAUUCUUGUUUUAAAACAUAAAAACGAAUAGGAAUGAUCACUCCCUUCGACUAUACGUAACUAUAAUAAUGAUAAGAUAUUUGUUUGACAUGUAAACAAAACUUUGUAGACGUAUUUAUUAUUUGCGUAUUUCGCUGCGCUUCGAGAUAAUCUUUUUACGCUAGAGUCCGAAUUAUUGAAACUAGUCAAACAUCGUUGAAACUAACACGAAUUAAUUACACGUAAAGAAAUAUUCUAAAAAAUUUCUCAACGGUCUUACUUCAUGUCCUAAAAUACUACAUGUAUAAAUAUAACAUUCAGCUAUGAGGCUGGAGGAGUUGCCAUUGCGUCUUAGCUCGGACGAACGAGACUUCGAAAUGGAUGAAGAAACUGACUACCUUUUGCAACCUUCGGAAGAUAGCAUUCGCUUGUUGGCGUCAAGAAAUCGACGUUUCAACACCUGCUCACGAUUCUGCACAAACAUUUUGUGCGGAUGUUGCACAUGGAUGUGGCGACGAUGUUGCAGAGAAAGGGAACUCCGAGCCAGGACAAUUCACAUUGGACAACCGCUGUACGAAAAGUUUCCAACAAAUGUCAUCAGGAACCAAAAAUACAAUGUUAUCACAUUUCUACCUCUGGUUCUAUUUCAGCAGUUCAAAUUUUUCUUGAACCUGUACUUCCUCAUAAUGGCCAUGUCUCAGUUUUUACCUGACAUAAGAAUCGGAUAUUUGUACACAUACUGGGGACCUUUAGGCUUUGUUUUAACAGUGACAAUUUGCCGUGAAGCCGUUGAUGACUUCAGGCGUUAUAAAAGGGACAAGGAAGUCAACGCGCAAAAAUAUUACAGAAUAGUUCGAGGAAGUGACACACCAGAGCUUGUUCCAAGUUCAAAAUUACGAGUCGGUGACUUGGUAAUUGUUGAAAAAGGCCAGAGAGUUCCAGCUGAUUUAGUGCUGUUACGGACUACUGAAAAGUCCGGAGCAUGUUUCGUCAGAACGGAUCAACUGGACGGAGAAACAGACUGGAAGUUGCGGUUAGCUGUUCCUGCUACUCAAAAAUUGGAUAACGAUGCUCAGUUAUUUGAUAUCAAAGCAAGCCUCUAUGUCGAAAAGCCACAGAAAGAUAUACAUAGCUUUAUCGGAACCUUUACGAGAUAUGAUGGAUACAGUAGUGAAGAAAGCCUUGGUGUGGACAACACCCUGUGGGCAAAUACUGCAAUAGCCUCAGGUUCUGCGUUAGGAAUAGUUGUCUAUACUGGCCAAGAAACCCGAUCAUUGAUGAAUCAUUCCGCUCCAAGAUCCAAAGUCGGUUUACUUGACCAAGAGAUCAAUCAGCUAACCAAGGUCUUAUUUUGUGCGGUGAUUGGUCUUGCUUUGGUAAUGAUGUGUUUGAAGGGUUUCAACGGCCCUUGGUACCGCUACAUGUUCCGUUUCGUAUUGCUGUUCUCAUACAUAAUCCCCAUAAGUUUGCGAGUAAAUUUGGACAUGGGCAAGACAUUUUACGCUUGGUGUAUUCAAAGAGAUAAAGAAAUAGCAGGCACAGUUGUCAGAACGACAACUAUCCCUGAAGAACUGGGCAGAAUAUCGUAUUUGCUUAGCGACAAGACGGGAACAUUAACACAAAAUAUAAUGGUUUUCAAAAAAUUGCAUUUGGGAACAGUAUCGUAUGGUCAAGAAACGUUCGACGAAGUUACUUCUGUAUUGAAAGCUUACUAUUCGACACCAAGCUCUGAAAAUUCUCCAAUAAGAGUAUCCACUAUGUCUUAUGGUGGUAAAGUCAGAAGAUCUGAAAGCACAAGAAUUUACGAAGCUGUCCACGCCCUAGCACUUUGCCACAAUGUUACGCCAGUUUACGACGAUUCAACUGUUACUAAUAAUUUGGAUACAGUAAGCGUAGAAACUGGAGAUACAGGAUCUAUUCAAAGCCAAACGGAAGCUGAUCAACACUAUUAUCCGGCAGAGCAAAAACCGAGUUACCAAGCCUCGAGUCCAGAUGAAGUCGCAUUGGUGAAAUGGACCGAAGAAGUUGGUUUGGGUCUUGUAAAACGUGACUUAGUAUCUAUGCAGUUGAAGGCACCAAAUGGACAGGUUUUGAAUUACCAAAUUUUGCAAUCUUUUCCUUUCACAUCUGAGACGAAAAGGAUGGGUAUCAUUGUCAGAGAGGAAGCCAGUGGCGAAACGGUGUUUUAUUUGAAAGGCGCCGAUGUUGUUAUGUCGGGAAUAGUACAAUACAAUGAUUGGCUCGAGGAAGAAUGUGGAAACAUGGCCAGAGAGGGACUGAGAACUUUGGUUGUCGCUAAAAAAACUCUCACAGAAGAACAAUAUCUCGAUUUUGAAGCUAGGUACAAUGCAGCACGAAUGUGCGUCAGUGACAGAGCUUCCAGAGUUACCGCAGUUAUAGAAAGUCUCGAAAGGGAAAUGGAACUUUUGUGUGUAACAGGCGUUGAAGAUAAGCUCCAAGAUCGAGUAAGGCCUACUUUGGAGCUGCUAAGAAAUGCAGGAAUCAAGAUAUGGAUGUUGACAGGGGAUAAAUUGGAAACAGCAACGUGCAUAGCAAAGUCUUCCCGACUAGUUUCGCGAACUCAAGGACUUCACGUAUUCAAGUCCGUUGUGACAAGAACAGACGCACAUUUAGAACUGAAUACUUUUAGGAAAAAGCAGGAUUGCGCGCUUGUUAUCAGCGGAGAUUCUCUCGAAGUGUGUCUUCAGUACUAUGAGAAUGAAUUUCUGGAAUUGGCAUGUGGCUCGCCAGCCGUCGUCUGCUGUCGAUGUUCACCAACGCAAAAAGCCGAAGUUGUUACGCUCAUACAACAGCACACUGGGAAAAGAACUGCAGCAGUUGGUGACGGUGGAAACGACGUUUCAAUGAUACAAGCAGCGGAUGCUGGCAUCGGCUUGGAGGGUUUAGAAGGACGUCAGGCAUCUUUAGCUGCUGAUUUUUCGAUUCCUCAAUUUAGUCAUCUCUCUACAUUGUUACUCGUUCAUGGCAGACGAAGUUACAAGCGAUCUGCUGCUCUGAGUCAAUUCGUCAUCCAUCGUGGCUUGAUCAUUUCUACAAUGCAGGCUGUAUUUUCAGCGGUUUUUUAUUUGUCGUCUGUGGCGUUGUAUCAGGGAUUCUUGAUGGUUGGCUACGCAACGAUUUACACGAUGUUCCCAGUGUUUUCAUUGGUAUUGGAUAAGGACGUAUCCGAAAAAAUUGCACUUACCUAUCCAGAGCUUUAUAAAGAUCUUAGCAAAGGACGUUGUCUGUCUUAUAAAACAUUCUUUACGUGGAUUUUGAUCAGUAUAUAUCAAGGGGGAGUGAUAAUGUAUGGUGCCCUCAUCAUGUUCGAAGAUGAAUUCAUCCACAUUGUGGCUAUUAGCUUUUCGGCGUUGGUAUUAACAGAAUUGAUCAUGGUGGCCUUGACUGUUCGAACCUGGCACAAAAUUAUGGUUCUUGCCGAAAUUUUAUCUUUGGGGUUAUAUUUGUUAUCCUUGGUCGUGUUGAAGGAUUAUUUCGAUGCCGAAUUCAUAAAAACCACAGAUUUCCUUUGGAAAGUACUAGUGAUAACGUUGGUCUCGUGUAUGCCGUUGUACAUUUUGAAAUUUUUGAGAAAAAAGUUUUCACCACCGAGUUAUACAAAGUUGACUUAAAGUUUAAUGUGAUAAAAUUUGACCAGAGGAUAUGCGUAAUCAAGGUAAACUAUACCCUGAAGGAUCAAUUAUCUAAUAAUAAAUUGUCACAAAAAAUUACUGAUUACCUAAAAUAUUAUACACAUGAUAUAUUAAGCAUCAACGCAUUUUACGGCACUCACGUAAAUUGAAAACGAGGUCUAGGCAAACUCACUCGACACAAAUUUAUGGGCCUUGUCUCAAUCAUUCAAACCGGGACACUGUAAUUAAUGAUUUCCGUGGAAACACUAGAUUUUUAUUGCAUCCAAGCAUAAAUGGUCUUUUACUACAGACGAGGUAAAACUUUUCCAGUUGGACAGAUCUCUUGUGUAUGUCAAUAUACUUCGAAUGAAGAAUACAAAUAGCAAAACUUGAAAGCUGCUUUGAAACUGUAGUGGUUUAUUUUCUAAUAAUACAAUGCUAACACAUUUUUUUAUGCUGCCGUUUUAUAAGUUACCUGAUUAAAAAAAAAAGUAAUUCAGACAGUUAUUGGCAUUGCUCUAUGAAUAUUAAUCAAGGCAGUCAAGAGGAUUUUGAAAUAUUCUGCAUUAGUUAAUAGGUAUAUUUUAAAAAGCUUUGUGAUUCAUUGCAAGGUUUGCCUAAUAGGCCUGCUUUGCUUAUAUUUCUGAUAAUUUAAUCUUCAAACGAGACAAGUAGUUUAUUAAACGUCGCAUACUAGACUCAAAAAUUAAAUUUUAAUUGCUCUGCAUACCAUUAGAGUCGUGAGAUAUAAACAUAUAUUUUUUCCUGAGAAAAAUUUUUGUGAUCAUGUUAUAGAGACAUUUAAAAGUAUACACAGAAACGAUGACUAAAAUAAGAUUGAUAACUAAUUAUAAAUAUACAUGUAUACAUGCAUACAUAUGUUAUUAUAUAAUCUGUUUUUAGUUAAUUUAUGCGAAAUAAAAUAAUAUAUUAAUUA